UUCCACAUCCAGAUCGGGCUGAGCCGGGAGCCGGUGAUGCUGGACGCGGCGGAGCUGAGUCUGAGCCAAGUCCGGGAGGUGGCGUGUUCCAUCGUGGACCAGAAGUUACCAGAGUGUGGUUUUUAUGGGAUGUACGAGAAGAUCCUGCUGUUCCGUCACGACCAGACGUCGGAGAAUGUUCUGCAGCUGCUUCGCUCGGCGUCUCAGAUCCAAGAUGGAGACCUGGUGGAGGCCGUCCUCUCAGCGUCGGCCACGGUGGAGGACUUCCAGAUCCGCCCCCACUGCCUCUUCGUCCACUCGUACCGAGCGCCGGCGUUCUGCGACCACUGUGGCGAGAUGCUGUGGGGUUUGGUUCGUCAGGGGCUAAAAUGUGAAGGUUGCGGUCUGAACUAUCACAAACGCUGUGCCUUUAAGAUCCCCAAUAACUGCAGCGGCGUGCGGCGGCGGCGUCCGUCCAACGUGUCGCUGACAGGCAUCAGCAUCGGCCGGCCUCUGUCCGCCGAACCGUCACCACCACAUUACACCGACGACGCCUUGCUGUCUCCGGUCAGUCCCAGCAUGGAGAAGAACCAGCUGGAUUACUUCCCGGGCCGAGAGCGGCGUUCCAGCUCCCAGUCGUACAUCGGCCGACCCAUCGAGCUGGAUAAGAUCCUGCUGUCGAAGGUCAAAGUUCCCCACACCUUCCUGAUCCACUCGUACACCCGACCCACUGUGUGUCAGCACUGCAAGAAGCUGCUCAAAGGCCUGUUCCGACAAGGCCUGCAGUGCAAAGAUUGUAAAUUUAACUGCCAUAAACGAUGUGCGCCCAAAGUACCGAACAACUGUCUGGGGGAGGUUUCCAAAAACGGAGAGCUGCUGAGUCCGGGGGCGGAGUCGGACGUCGUCAUGGUGGAGGGUUGCCUCGACGACCACGACAGCGACCGAGGCAGCAGUUUGUUGGACGACAUGGAUGAAGCGCUGACGUCGGAGGGCGGUCUGCUGCUGGAGGCGGGGCCAAGCGACCUCUGUGACCUGCAUGACCCCGACCUGGACGAGUCCAACCGAGCCAUCAGCCCGACAACCAGUAAUAAUAUCCCCCUAAUGAGGGUCGUCCAAUCAGUGAAGCACACCAAGAGGAAGAGUAGCAACGUGAUGAAGGAGGGCUGGAUGGUCCACUACACCAGCAAGGACACACUGAGGAAGAGACAUUACUGGCGUCUGGACAGUAAAUGCAUCACCUUAUUCCAGAACGACACAGGAAGUAAAUACUACAAGGAGAUCCCUCUGUCGGAGAUCUUGUCCCUGGAACCAAACCAGGCCUUUUCUCUGCUUCCGGACGGAUCCAAUCCUCACUGCUUCGAGAUCGCCACGGCGUCGCUGGUAUAUUACGUCGGAGAGAACCUGCAGAGAUCAGAAUCGGUGACGGGCAGCAGCCUCCUGGUGAGCGGCAUCGGUCAGGACGUGGCUCGGAUGUGGGAGAUGGCGAUUCAACACGCGCUGAUGCCGGCGGUGUCGACCGGAAUUUCACACAGUUUACAUCGAAGUGGACACAAGGAGGUCUCCAUCAGUAUCUCUGUCUCCAACUGUCAGAUCCAGGAGAAUGUGGACAUUAACUCCAUCUACCAGAUCUUCCCUGACGAGGUUCUUGGUUCAGGACAGUUUGGAAUCGUCUACGGAGGUAAACACAGGAAGUCUGGUCGAGACGUUGCCAUCAAGAUCAUCGACAAACUGAGAUUUCCGACCAAACAGGAGAGUCAGCUACGCAACGAGGUGGCCAUCCUGCAGAGUCUUCAUCACCCGGGCGUGGUCAACCUGGACUGUAUGUUCGAGACUCCGGAGCGGGUGUUUGUCGUCAUGGAGAAGCUCCACGGUGACAUGUUGGAGAUGAUCCUGUCAUCGGAGAAAGGCCGACUGCCCGAGCGGAUCACCAAGUUCCUGGUCACGCAGAUCCUGGUGGCGUUACGUCAUCUGCACUUCAAGAACAUCGUCCACUGUGACCUGAAACCAGAGAACGUCCUGCUGGCCUCGGCAGACUCAUUCCCUCAGGUGAAGCUCUGCGACUUCGGAUUUGCGCGUAUCAUCGGAGAGAAGUCGUUCCGGCGUUCGGUGGUUGGAACGCCGGCGUAUCUGGCUCCGGAAGUUCUAAGGAACAAAGGCUACAACCGCUCUCUGGACAUGUGGUCUGUGGGAGUGAUCAUCUACGUCAGCCUCAGUGGGACGUUUCCGUUUAACGAAGAUGAAGAUAUUAACGAUCAGAUCCAGAACGCUGCCUUCAUGUACCCUCCUCAUCCCUGGAAGAAGGUCUCCCAGGAAGCCAUCGACCUGAUCAACAACCUGCUGCAGGUGAAGAUGAGGAAGAGGUUCAGUGUCGACAAGACCCUCAGUCACCCCUGGUUACAGGACUACCAGAUGUGGUUGGACCUGCGGAACCUGGAGAGUCGGAUGAACGAGCGCUACAUCACCCAUGAGAGUGACGACCUGCGCUGGCAUCACCACGCCCAGCUCAGCGGCCUCGACUACCCCGGGCACCACGGUAACAACGGGCCCCGCGGCAACGGUGGCCAGGGGGCGGAGCGUUACCCGGAGACGGAGGAGGAGCUGGAGACGCUCAGCGAGAAAGUCAGCGACCUUUGA